ACUGUUUCCGGUUUCAGGUGCGUUCUAUUGUAACUAGCUAGGUUUGCACAUAACCAGUAUGCGACUUUUCCCCGUUUCGACGUUAAAGGUUUCCUAGACACUUAGCUAAUGUCAUAUGAACACCUGUAAACUAUCCCAGUCGAUUUGUUGGAUGAUUCCACGACGUUAAGAUACACAUUUGAAUUGUCAAGCGAACGAAAGCAUUUUAUACGUGGUGGUCUUUGCUAACUAGGCUAGCCUCAAACUGUCUAAAAGAGACCAAGGUGAGUGUCGCUUUUCCAACUCACGACUUGAUUUAAGUGACAACUGAAUACCUUAAUUUAACAAGACUAGUUGUCAAACUUUUGCCAGAAUUUUUUUUUGUGUGUGCGCAGACAUUAACUCUAUACCAGGCUAGUGUCAGGAAAAAGUAGUAAGUUAUAGUAGUUAGUUGGUUAGCGGUGAAUUUGUGAACGAAUUUAGCUAACUAAUUAUCUUAGGAAGAGCUAUAACAUUUAUCGACUCAUAUUGUAAUGUUUCCCCUCCCCAGACCAAGAAGUGGAAAAGAGACUACACACAGUUAAAUUUGAAAAUGAAAUAUAUGUUCUGCUUUUCGUUAGGCUGAGGAACUCCAGAAAAACAUUCAUUGUCAAGAGUUGGAGGAUUUGCUUGUUGCAUUCCUCGACUAAACAAUAGUCUUUACCCUGCAAUGUUAGCUGGCCAUGUACUUUUAGAAAGAACCGUAACAUAUUAUACAUACUUGGCUAAGUAUAUUUCUGUAGACUAGGCCUACCAAACUAGCCAUUAGCUAAUGUCCGUAAUUCGUCCGGAUAUUAGGGAUUCUAAACUAUUUCUAUCACUUCAAAACCAAAGGUAAUCUUUUGGUAUGGUUUAUUUGUUUGACGUUAGUGUUAUAAGAGUAAAAUUAGGUGAAGAGAGGUGAAAGUCUUGGGGACGACAUGUAGCUAGUGAGUACCCUCAUUGGAAUUUUCCCUUGGGCGUUGGUGGUUGGUUUCGAUUUAACACCAUUAGGUGUGUCGUGUGACUCGUCCUGUGGUACACACUUUCCCUCAUCAUUCCCAGUGAUCUCACGGCAAGGAGAGUUAAUUUGACUUAUCUAAUGCACUAUAGGCUAUAGUCUAACAAAACCUCCUACAAAAUCUUAAAAGGGAAAUAAAUCAUAUAAAGUUAAACCCAUUAUUGCGUUCUCAAUAACUCAUUGCAGUCUCUAAGUCCUUUAGUCCUUCUAAAAUCCAGACAGAAUUAAGGGCGCUAAACUAAGGGAACUGACAUGACAGCUGUAGUAGGAAGAGUUUGGGGGUGGGUGCGUCCAGUUAUCUCCUACCGGCCCUGGGGCAGCAAAGCAGGACCUGACAAAACCACGAGGGACAAGCCAGUGACUGAAGAGCAGCAGACGAGAGGCAGCUGGGGCUUCUUGGGGGGGUUAACAACCUGGGUUUGGGGAGCCGGACAGAAAAGACAAACAAGUGAACAAACAUUGAUCGAAGAGUACUGGGAAGCAAGUGAGGAGAAAAUCCAGUCCAGGGAAGUUGAAGAGCUGGGUACGGGAAAGCAGGAGGCUGAGGGGAAAGCAGAACAUGGUGACUCCAGAUGGUGGAAUAAGAUUCUGCCACCCUCACACUUAUUCUGGCCGAGAACAGCUGAACCUGGUGGGUUAAGUCAGAGGAAAUGUGUCGGUGCAGGAUGGGACUCUGACAAAGAUGGGGAGUAUUCUGACUAUGGAACCCCUCCACCGUCUCCCACACCUAGCUCCUCAUCAGCCUUCCGGUUCUUUGCACUCGCCUGGAAUGGGGUGAUAGUUCCGGAACACUAUGAGAUCUGCUUCAACCUCCUUCGUCACCUGUUUGACCUGUUGGUGGUGGGCUUCCUGUGGACUGUGUCCCCCCCUACCAAGUUGGUCCUGGAGGUUCUAGGGGUCCAAGGAGGACUGAAGUUGUGGCUCCAUGGAAUGGCCAUGUUUUCUGUCUCCACUGUUGGAAUGGCGGGAUUGCUUUGGUUGGUCCAAGAGUAUCUUCUACAGUUUGCUCUGUUGUAUGGCAUCGUGCAAGCACUGGUCAUCUCUGUCAGCAUCCAGCAGAGUGUGAUCCUAGGAGAGGGGGAUGAGGAGUAUGAAAAGGAGGUGGAGGACGUGGAAGUGAGAGACGAUGAGGAAGUUACAGAGAUGUACUUGACUACAAAGGAAAGAUGAUCCUUGAAUGAAAGUUUGUUUUGACAAUCAUCUGACAUGGAGGGGAGAGGGAUGUUUCGAAAGCCUGACAUGCAGGGAUUGAGGGAAGUUGUUUCGAGAGCCUACCAAUGCAAAGACGAAGACCCAUGAAAAGAGCUGAGCCCAGCUGAUACUGCAAUGAGGAACAGUAGAGGCUGGAGGACUUUAGGCUAACUCUUCACUACUGUGAUAUUCAGUGGCGCUGAAGCAAAGCACAUCACUACAAUCUUGGUCAUCUAGGGCCCAGUGAUACCACUGUUGUCAUCUAGGGCCCAGUGAUACCACUGUUGUCGUCUAGGCCCAGUGAUACCACUGUUGUCGUCUAGGGCCCAGUGAUACCACUGUUGUCGUCUAGGGCCCAGUGAUACCACUGUUGUCGUCUAGGGCCCAGUGAUACCACUUGUCGUCUAGGGCCCAGUGAUACCACUUGUCGUCUAGGGCCCAGUGAUACCACUGUUGUCGUCUAGGGCCCAUUGAUACCACUUGUCGUCUAGGGCCCAGUGAUACCACUUGUCGUCUAGGGCCCAGUGAUACCACUGUUGUCGUCUAGGGCCCAGUGAUACCACUUGUCGUCUUAGCACAGUUCUAUUGUUACAGAAUCCUGUUUCCCUCUAGUUAGACUUUUUUUACAUUCAUUUUGUUUUGUUCAGACAAACUUUUGAAUAUCUACUUGACAGAUACCAGCACCUUUUUUCCCCCCAGGUUUCUUUCAAAUCUUAUUCCAAGCAGAUUGUGUUGUUGUUUAGUUUUGGGACAUAAGGUUUAUUUGUCUUGUAUUUAAUUUACUGUGCCAUUCAUUAUAUUAUCCCUGUCUUUCUCCAUCAUAAUCAGUGUUAAUUGCAUUGUAAGUAAACUACACAUUGAACAUGUAUUUAUCUGUUUUGUCACACGUAUCUUCCUGUUUGAAAGGUACGCUACAGUCUUAGAAACACAACCGUUUAAAAUAUAUAUAUAUAUUUAUCUUUACAAUUGACCUUACAAUUGUCCAGUUUUGCACAAUCACGUACAAACCAACAGUGAUGCUCAGGAACACUAAUUCUACCUGCAAGAUUUUUGUCUCGGCAUGUCACAAUCUGUAGUAGGCGUGUGUAAGAAGAGGAUUCUAACCAGUGGAGUCUGGUGGGAGGAGCUGUAGGAGGGCGGGCUCAUUGAAACGGAAUAAAUGGAACAUAUAGAAACCACGUUUGACUCCAUUCCACAAUUCCAUUUCAGCCAUUACAAUGAGCCCGUUCUCCUAGAGCUCCUCCCACUGGUUCUCACCCACAAUGCCCCUGUAUUCUAAAAGCUUUGAAGAACAUUUCUAGUUUCUACAAUGGCCUUUCCCAGAUAUUUUUGUAUUUGUAGCAUAACAUACAGCUAUCACAACUUCACAGUGAUGCAGAAAGUUAUAUGAUAUAUAUACUCGUGUGCUGAUAAUGGGACCUGUAAACAGUGAUACCACAUCAGUGAUUCCUCUUUGCCUUUUAUCUCUUGUGUUUAAAUGUCAUGUUUUGACUUGUUACUCCACGUGUUGUUGACAAAGAAAGAUGUCGUCGUCCCCCCCAAAGACAAGUGCUGGAUCACUGUCAAAAUGACAAGGCAGCAACACUUCAACAUGAAAACCCCACCAGGGCCACAGUUCAGUUGAUCAAACGUUGCAGAUAGAAAUGUGACGAAUAGAGCCGCCAAGGACUCCUUGUUCUACGUUUCAGAGAGGCGUGUUUGUUCUACAUGUAUUUGUAUCGUAACGUUCCACGACGGGUCAUUCUGAAUGCAUCCCAUGUCAACGUUGUGUUUUGUAAAGGGAACGGAUGUGUAAUGUAAACCACGUGUUGAGAAAAUCAACUUUGGGCCUGAUACUGUCCUAGAUGUCUAUACCCAUUACUGUACUGUAUACUGACUCAGCCUGAAAUAUUUCCACUGGGUAAAUAAAUAAAGAUGUGGCAUUUUU